UCCCUGCAUUCGUUUCAAAUCAUUUCAAUUUUGCUGAAAAAAAGACAGAUUAAUUACAAAAACACGUGAAAUCAUUGCACAAGCCCAUAAAUAAGAAUAUUUUUAAAGUAAUAUAAUAUGGAAGAAUACGCUCGAGAACCUUGUCCGUACAGAAUAGUUGAUGAUUGUGGGGGUGCAUUUGCUAUGGGAUGUAUAGGAGGCGGUGUAUUUCAAGCAAUUAAAGGAUUUCGAAAUGCACCUUCUGGCAUAAAUAGAAGAUUGAUCGGAAGUAUAAUUGCUAUAAAAACUCGGUCACCUGUUAUAGCAGGAAAUUUUGCUGUAUGGGGCGGUAUGUUCAGUACUAUUGAUUGUACACUUGUCCACUUUCGAAAAAAAGAAGAUCCGUGGAAUUCCAUUAUAAGCGGCGCUGCAACAGGAGGAAUAUUAGCUGCUCGAAAUGGCGUUCCAGCCAUGGCAGGUAGCGCAAUCAUCGGGGGCGUACUUUUAGCUCUGAUCGAAGGUGUUGGAAUACUGUUUACAAGAAUAUCCGCUGACCAGUUUAAAAAUCCGAUACCACCUGCAGAAGACCCUCUAGCCCUUGGAGAUUCUGGAAGUCAUUUUUCAUUUGAAUCCGCUUCUAAGCAAACGCAAUAUCAAUAAACUAGUAACCACUGAAAACGAAAAA